GCAUAAAAUUACCCAACGAAGACGCUUUCAUAUAUUAUGGUGCCGUCACAGUUAUGGCUUCGAAUUUGGCUUACCAAGACUAUUCAUCUGAACCCUCCGUGGUCGAGACCGUCGUCAGUUCCUGCUGGAAGAUGAAUCUACUUGGAUGCUACAAUUUUUGGAAUGAUUUUCAGAACAAGGCUUCGACUCAAGCAUUUAUGUUUCAGAAUACCGCGACGGACCCAAACGUAACAGUGGUGGCAUUUAGAGGCACCAAUAGCAUAGAUAAUAUCAUGGUAGAUUUGAACUUCUCGUGGUGCAAUUUUGAUCAGCGCAUUGGCAACAUCCACAGCGGCUUCAUGGAAGCUCUGGGCCUCCAAAAGGGCCCCAUAGGUUGGCCAACGGAACUCCCCACGCCUGACCACGAUUUCGCAUAUUACUACCUCCGCCAACAACUUAGAGACAUUGCCAAAUCCAACGACAAGGCAAGGUUCGUGUUCACCGGCCACAGCUUGGGCGGAGCCCUCGCAAUCCUGUUUGUCACCAUCCUCUCGUACCACAACGAGUCCGAUGUGCUCAACAAGCUGCAGGCUGUUUACACCUUCGGCCAACCCAGAGUCGGCAAUAGCCAGUUUGCUCAGUUUAUGGAGAAAACUUUACAACAAUAUGCCUUCAAAUAUUAUCGAUACGUUUACUCUAUGGACUUGGCGCCCAGAAUUCCUUUCGAUAUCUUUGAUCAAUGGUACGAACACUUUGGCGGAUGCGUUUACUUCAACUGCUGCUACAGUGGCAAGUUUCUGGAGGUGCAGCCAAACAAGAACUACUUCUCGCCGAUAUGGCUGAUACCCAAAUACUUGUUCGCAUGGUGGGAGCUUAUAAGAAGUUUAAUGAUCCCAAUCAUCAAGUGUUCCAGCUAUUACUUCGAGGGUUUUUCUGCUUUAUUGGUUAGGUUGUUUGGGUUGCUUCUUCCAGGGGCCUCGGCUCACAUAUGUCUCAAUUAUAUUAAUUUGAUCCGUUGGGGAAAAAUACAACAACCAACCAAAGACGUCCAAAAGGCCCUAAUUCCUACAAACUAUCUCCAAGCUCAUCAUCAGUAGUACUAAAAUCUGGAGAACAUGAACAUCCCAAAUAUAUAAUAUAUUUGUAAUGUGUGCGCUUUUAUAUUUUAAUGUGGGAAUAAGGUGUGUUUAUUUGUUAGUGUAUUUCUUGAUGUUAUGCAAAUCUGACCCACGAGCCAAAACGUUUGGUAACUGCUUUUAAAGACUUUAUGUAUGUGAGUGGUUCAUAAUAAAGUUUCGUUCUAAUGUGCUUUAAGAUUCCUGCUUAAUUUCAAUCUAAUUGAAGUACUAUUGUUUUA